UGCUGGAUUCCAUUUCUCCGGGUAAAACUAAUACUAAUUGGUUUUGUGCUGAUACCAAUGUCUUUGCCCUUUUGUCCUAGGUGUUUUCUUCAUCCCUUUCUGCAAAAGACGGAGAAAAAUGGUUGGGUUUGUUAGUCUUGUGAGUCGGCCUGUAUGGGCUGUGCAUCGCCAAAGCAGUUCAAACGAGCUCCACGGCAUGGGGAUGCUGCUCUUCUGGCCAAAGAGACCACUUUUUCUUUGGAUGAAGUGAAAGCCCUCUACGAGUUCUUUGAAAAGAUUAGCUAUUCUAUAUUCAAGGAUGGGCUCAUUCACAAGGAGGAGUUCCAACUUGCUCUCUUCAGGAACAGCAAUCGGAAAAGCCUUUUCGCCGAUCGGAUAUUUGAUCUGUUUGAUAUGAAGCGAAAUGGUGUGAUCGAAUUUGAUGAGUUUGCUCGGUCCCUCCAAUUUUUUCACCCGGAUACACCCAUGGCAGACAAGAUUGCAUUUGCAUUCAGACUAUAUGACCUGCGAGGCACCGGCAGCAUUGAACGUGAAGAGUUGAAGGAGAUGGUGCUUGCAAUCCUAAAUGAAUCAGACCUACUUCUUUCUGACGAUGCUGUCGAACAGAUGGUUGAUCAGACAUUCAAAGAGGCAGACCUGAACGGCGAUGGGAAGAUAGAUCCCGACGAAUGGAAAGCAUUCACAAGUGCGAAUCCAGCCUUGCUGAAUUACAUGACUCUCCCAUACCUAAAGGACAUGACCAUGCCGUCGUUCCCCAGCUUUGUUCUCUACUCUGUAACUGGCGAUGAAGGGUUGUACUAGAUGCCAUCAGCACAACCUUCUGAGCUUCUCUCAUGUGGCUUGUGUUUUUCUUUUCGUUCACUGUAUAAUUUUUUGGGUUAUGAAACAUGGCUUUG